ACCCUUUCUCGUUAUUACUAAAGCCGUGUCCGAUCGUGUUUCUGCCUGUGACCUUUCACGCUCCUGUGCGGUCCUCUAUUUUUCCACACAGAAGUGAGGAAUAACUGCUGCGUUAACUCGCCCACUUCUGACAAACUGACAGCUUUAACGUUUUUUAGUGGCAUGUGUUUCCCCCUCCGUCAUUUCUGUACCUGCCGCCUGAUAAUAAAUGCCUUUUAUUACUUUUCUCUUAGAUUGUGAUUUCUGGGCAUCAUCUCUAACUUUUCUCUGAGUUUCUCUUAAUUUCUCACUUUUUUUUCACUUGAACUUUUUAUGAUAUGCUUGUUCCAGAGCACAUUUUUCUGUAAAGUGUCUAAGAAUGGAAUAGCCAAACUUUUUAAACUUGUUGUGAUGCAGCUUGGCAGAAACUAUGUUCCUGCUUUUGUGGCUGCUGAUGGGAAGGAGGGGAGGAAACAAGUCCCUGCGCGCCUCUGUGCAAAGCAGCUUCAGUCAGGGUGUGAGUCAGACAUGGAUGAAUAGUUGGCGAGGUGGAGUCCCUGGAGGACACGGAUAGGAGUCCUGCAAGUGGAAAAUAGUUUCAGAUGCUCGUCUUGAUCUAAAUUGUUUCCAAAGAAGGGGGGGGGGGGGGGGCAACAGUGCUCAGAGUAGGAAGAAGGGCAUGAAUAACAGCCCUGAGUUGCUCAGUUCCACCUGCAGAUGAUGAUGAUGAUAAGUGAGCAUCACUUUAUUGACAGCUGAGCUUUUUCUCUGCUGCACAUGUUUGGUUGCACGCUGGGCGAAGUCUUUGUAGGAGGUGUUGCAAAUCAGCGAGAAUCGUGUCAGUGUUGAAUUCUUCUGUGCGACGGAGUGUGAUGCAGGUAUUAAAUGCAUGGCAGAUUCCUAUUUCACUAUUUUGUCCAUAGAAGUUUCUCAACAUAUGUUAACAUCCUGGCUCCAAAUUCCACAUGCUGUAACACGGAUGCAAGCAGGGAAUCCUUGUUUUCCAUCUCACAUGCAAAUGACUGUGGGUGAGAAAUCUGUCUCUACAACAUUUAAGCCUUCAAGUGUUUCAUGACCCUGCCAUGAGCACUGUUUUUAUAAUAACUGAGAUACACUAUAUGCAAUCUUACUCCCACCAUAGCUUUUGUGAACUGAGUUACCUUUUUCCCCGUAAGUUAAGAAAAUAAAAAAUUGCUAAAAAAAAAAAGGAAAUGCACAGCAUAAGUUGUUGGAUUGGAUUAACAUUAAAAAUUUUGGAGUUUUUUGGGGGAAAUUUUAGUUAAAUACAGUAAUAUCGUCAUAAAGGAUUCCUGUUAGGUUAACGUGAAACUGAAACCUUUGUGAUGAUUCUUUCAGUAAUUAUACUGAAGUGAUAACAAUGCUUUGCAUAACAGACUUUCCCCAAAGCUGUUCCAAGAAUCACAUGAAGGUGAUGGCAGGUGUAUACGUGCUUUUAAAUAGAUGAGAUGCUUCCUCUACUGAUGUUUCUGCUUUACAUGAAUUCAUUGAAUCCUUUAUGGUCUGUUUCCACCAGAUAACAAACCUGUCGGCCAGUUUGCUCUUAUUUUCAGUGGAUCCUUACAAAUUUGGCCACAGAUUGGCUUGCUAAUGAUUGGUGUAUUAGAAUAGAAUAGAAUUCAACUUUAUUGUCAUUGCACAUGUCACAAGUACAAGGCAACGAAAUGCAGUUUGCAUCCAUCCAGAAGUGCUGGAUGUAUUGUACAGAAGUGCUGUAAGUAUUACACUCAGACCAAACGCACAGUGCCUGCUGUGCAUCUGUGGUGUUGUUUUUCACCAGGACGCUGUGUGUCUGGGGUUGGUGUAUCACUGAAUUAAAAGAUUGUAUUCAUUUACUGCCUCGCUGCUCUUGUUUGGCACAGAAACAAGCAGAAGUGGAAAGCUUCACGAUGAUGGUCGAUGGAAAAAAAAAAACAGAAAACAUCUGAAUUUGAUUAUAUUUCUGUUAGAGAGAAAAGAAAAGAAAGCAAAUUGCCUAUUUUUAUCUAACAUCUAUAUUCACGACGUCUAGUGAACAGUUACAUGGGCAAAAUACAGAAAAGAUCUCCCUGCAAUAUUCAUUCCUCCUGCCUGGUGUGUUUCAUGAAUGAAAAGCAGUUGAGUGUGAGGCGGGAGAGAGGGAGGUGCUCAUAUCAGCGAGAGACCUUUUUUUUUUUUUAAAAUAGAAAAAUUGCAUUUAGAAUCUCCUUGGCUCUGCCUUUUGCAAAGACUUUUAAUUGUCACUAUUUAUUCAGGUCACGACAAAGUCCUGGCUUACAGUCCCUUUGGAGAUCCAAGCACCUUAAACAGCUGUGUCUCUUUUUUCUGUCCUCAGUGAGAUUCACCACAGCCAAAGCCUAUGUGGUCCAUGCUCUCGCGAUGACCGCUACAAUGGUUCAGUCUGUAAUGCUGACAGGCCUUGUGUCUGUGUUCCUGGUUUCCUACGGUGCUCAGAGUUUGAAGCCCGAGGAUGGAGCCUCUCUGCGUUCAGGUGCCGUGGACCUCCCGUGGCAAGAUGAGCUGUGCUGUGAGUUACCUUCAGCCCACCUUGGUGUGGAGGGAGGCAGCACAAAUUCACCAGAAGCAAACCUCUCCCAAUCAAAUCUCCCACACAGUCCCGGCUGCACUUUUAAGAGCUCGAGAAUUGAUUCACAUCAUCCCCGAUCCUCUGGCGGCACCUGUUUGGACAUCCUCUGCAGAAUUGAUGGAAACUGGCAAAAUUUAAUCUGCGAUCUUCGGUCUCGUGGUCAGCCGUCCGACAGUCUUAUGGCAGUCAGCUUACGGCGGCAGUUAUUUCAGCAAGAUGGUGACUAUCCCGCAUCUGAAAAUCCCGUUGUUUGUGAGGCGCAGGAUUCCUUCAUGUGCUCACUCACUCUUGACCCAACAACAAGCUUUGUCGCCAUGGUAACUGUCAGCAUCUCUGAUGCCGUGGCUCCACCAGUUCUGCUCAGAGUUCCUGCCCGACCUGAGAAACCUAGUCCUCCAGGCAACCUGUCACACACUCAGACCAUCGAGGCAGAGCUGAUCGUGCUCUGGGAUGACCCGGCCGACGUUGACGCUGGUCCACUGAGAUAUGAAGUCCGAUACUCCUCUGGCACCACUCACCCGGCCUGGCAGGUGGUGUCUGCGCCUGGAGAGCCCAGAGUGUCUUUGGAUCUGAAGCCCAAACUAAACUACACCGUUCAGGUCCGCUGCUCCGGCCCGGAAGAGCCUCCACUGUGGAGUGAAUGGAGUGAACCUCACCACAUCCGCCUGGAUACGGUGAGCUACAUCCCCAAGAAAGUGGUGGCUAGACCCGGGGAGAACGUAACAGUAUACUGUGUAUUCAACGACCACAGAAUGAAUGCCAGCAUGGCCGUGUGGAAGCUCAACUUCCAACCGCUGCCUUCACCCACCCUGUACCACCCAGUCAACCAGUGGGUGAGCAAGAUCACAUUGCAUCCUUCAGAGAAUCAAAUGUAUGACCUCCUGAGGUGUACCGAAGAGUGGAGCAUCCCUUACAGCCAGAUCUAUGUGGAAGGAGCUGACAUUGAUAUAAAGUGUGUAACCAACGGGGACAUUGAUGCCAUGGACUGCAGUUGGACUCACAAACAGCCGGAUAAGCUCAGAUUUCAAUCCAAGUGGGCCGACCUGCCAUGUGACGAGAUGGAGGAGAGGGAGAGAGCGGGUGAGAAUCUGGGGGAGAUGAGUCCUGCCUGCAUGGAGGGCAGGCAGAAAACCUGCACCAUCCACCCUCUGAGGAUGAACUGCUAUAAACUCUGGCUGGAGUUGCCAUCGCAACUGGGUCCCAUCAGGUCCAGACCGGUCUACCUGUCACCUGUAGAUCACGUGAAGCCUCACGCACCCGCUAAUGUGAAGGCAGUGAGCCACAGCAGUGGGGUCCUGGAGGUGACCUGGCAGGCUCCGCCUUUGCCAGUCGAUGGUCUCCAGUGUCAGUUUCAGUACUACUCGCCAUCCACCGUGAGCCCCCAGCCAAAGUGGAAGCUUCAGGAUCCUGUGCGGGUUCUGUGGGCAGAGGUCGCCGUACCAGAUAUGUGCCGCGUAUACGUGGUUCAAGUGCGCUGCAAGCACACCAAUGGCACCGGCUACUGGAGCGACUGGAGCGAGUCUGUCUACUCCACUCCGCAAAACAGCAGAGCUCCUGAACGAGGCCCUGAUUUCUGGAGAAUCCGUCAAGAUGAUCCACACAGAAACCAGUCUAACAUCACGCUGCUGUUUGAGAAUUUCGCACCUUCUGGGAAUUCCUAUUGUGUGGAUGGAUUUAUAGUCCAGCGUCGGUCCUCAAGCGGAUCUGUGCUGAGGGAGAAGAUCGAGCUGACGUCCUCCUACAGCUUCGAGUGGAACCAGGAGCUCCAGACUGUGACUGUGGAAGCCUACAAUAGUUUGGGGAACUCCACAGACAACAUAAACAUGACACUGGAGAGACAGCCCAAAGGCCGCUGCGUGCGUUCAUUCCACGUGUUGCAUAUCAACAGCACAUGUGUGUCACUGUCAUGGAGCCUGUUGGAGAACAGCUUGGUGCCUCUGUUCAUGGUGGUCGAGUGGUUGCCACACAAGCAGCAGGACUCUGGGCCAAGAGCAGAGACGUGGGCCAGACUGCACUACACUGAUUACCCCGUCUAUCUGAGAGGUGAUUUUUUUGCCUCAGAGGAGUACGGCUUUUUCUUGUACCCUGUGUUUGCUGAGGGAGAAGGGGAGCCGAUUUACACUUUAGCCACCAGAGGAGAUCCUGAGGCCUACAUAAUGCUGAUGAUCAUCUCCUUUCUUUUCAUCAUCCUGUUUGUCACCCUGGUUCUCUCCCAAAACCAGAUGAAAAAGUUUGUAUGGAAGGAUGUUCCCAAUCCAAGGAAGUGUUCAUGGGCUAAAGGAAUAGACUUCAAAAAGGUGGACACCUUUGACUAUCUGUUCCGACCACAGGAAGGUCUGCCGGUCUGGCCGCUGCUCAUGCCCUCUGAGAACAUCUCCCAGGUCAUUAUAGUGGACAAAGUUCUGACUACGGCCCUGAUCCAAAACCCACUUCCAGACCCUGCAGAUGCCUUAGCUGGCUCCCAUUCGCCUGGGUUUGACCUGAAUGUCGAUCAGUUCAUGGAGAAUGAGACUCUCCCUGUUGAGGGUCCUUCUUCAGCUGUUCUGGAUAUGUUAACUACUUCAAGCCCAAGAGCAGAUGAUCUGCAGCCAGCUGAUCCCUCAGUGGACCAACAUCCAGGUAGCACCGACAACUCUGGGCAGUCUUCAGUCACUUACACUGCUGUUCUGGUCUCCAAUCCCAGUCAGGACCAGCAGCCCCCCAUUCAUCUGCCUUACAAGGAUGGUAGUGAUAACAGCUCAAGCGAUGAGGGAAAUUUCUCUGCCAACAACUCUGACAUUUCAGGAUCUUUUCCCGGUGGCCUCUGGGAGCUGGAAAGCUGUCGUGGUUUGGAGAUGGAUGACCCGAGGCGCUCCUGCUCGAACAACUCUGUGGAGGAGCUUUCUCAAACAUCAGAUCAAGAAGACGAGCAUGGCGUGAGACGGGAGAAGGACUUGUAUUAUCUAGGAAUGGACUACCCAGCAGAGGAUGAGGAGAGUGAGAAAGACGACGAGCAGAGUGAAGACGAAGAAGCCAAAGUGGAGCUGCUUAAAAGUACUCCUUUGAACAGAGGGCACUGUUCCUUGGAGUUGCAUCCUUUGCUCAGUCAAGAUAACCCGAGCGAGCCCGGGAUCCUGCCGUCACCGUCGACGUGUGGCUUCGCCAUGCCAUACCUGCCUCAGUUCAGAACUGCUACGUGCACAGUGCAACACACACAACUUGAACCCAGCUGUGAUUAACGUGUGCACCAUUAAAUCCAUAAUGUGACGCAUCAGCAUUUGCCAAAGCUGAUUUGCAUCUGUUCCUUUGGGCAUAAUGAGGUGUGAGGCCAGAAAAAGUAAAAAAAAAAAGAAUUACCUCAAGCUUUGUAUGAUUGCAAGUUGAUGUUCAUCAAUGCUGCUAUUGUGUGCUGUUGGAAAAGACAUCAGGAGGGCACAAGCCUCAGGAGAAGGCAUUUCUUUCUUUCUUUGUUGGGCAUUAAAACCCAGAUUUUACUGUGUCAUACUGCAACUGUGCCGUAUCUGUGGCUGAUGUUAAAAAAAGUAGAGCUACAGGCAAGGCUGCGCAAGCAGCAUACCGGUCUUUGAGAAGAAAGGAAAAAAGAGGUCUUACAAUAGGCGUACAACCGAUUACGCACAGGUGGUCAUACCAUACAUGCUCAGAAUCAAAGGGUGCUCUUUGUGCCUACGUUUGCACUCCCAUAUUACAGAAAACCAUUCUUUUCAUUCUCGCUACUGAUUCCUUUUUGCUACAUUCACAGAAAGAUUAAAGAGUUUCACAGAGAAUG